AAUAGACAACAAAAAUAAAUGUUCAAUUCUAUCACCCUUUUUUAAAGAUCCUGUUUAAAUUUUUAAGAUCAGAUCUGGAUAUGUCCACAUAUGUUGAAAUAGGAAAAUCAUUUCCUAGGGUGGUGACUUGUAGGGGGCACCAAUGAGCCCACAAGCCCCAAAUACACCAACAUGAGUCCUGAGUUCAAGCAAGUGACAUUUUAUUUUUACAAUACCUUUACAAGACUUGUUUUAUCGUUCAUAUAAUCACCCCAGUACAUUGCUAUUCUCUCCCUCUUUCUUCUUGUGCUUCCUCUACCUCCCGACUCUCACUCUGACUCCUUGAGGCCCUUUAAUGCCUGACCCAGGAGUAUUUCCGUUCCUUGAAAGUAUGGCCGGUGUGUCCCUGCAGCUCCCUCUGGUGGCACCCAUGGAACUGAACAAGGCUGUCUUACUGGGACUGCAAUUCCCAGUGUGCCCUGCGGGUAUCUGUAGCCCAAGGAGACUCCCACCUGUUGUAUCUGGGAGCAAAUAGUCCAUGUGAGUGGUCUUCCCUUGCCCUUUCAUUAAACUGGGUAAGGAACUUUGAGCCAUCCCGUCCAGAUCGCCAGCCUAUGCUUGGUGUCCAUGACUAUACACCCGAGAGUCACAUCCUAAUCUCAGAAAUGACACCGAGUGUUUUCUUUUGACUCAGAAGUCUUUAACGUGUACCUGCUAGCAGCUCUCCAUGAGGACCGUGCCAUUAAUGUCAUCUUCUCUUAUGCAUCAAGUGCCCAUUCUUUUCUCUUCUCCAUCCCAGCCUCGCUCCUUCACGCCCUGAAGAUGACAGUGGCGCCCGUGUGUCUCUUUGUAGUGGCAGCCGUUCCUUUUGUGAUAGGGGGAGGGGGGUUGGCGCGGUGAAUCACAGUGACACCUUGUGGGAGGGACAGCAUUGCAGCUGCUCACCUCUGAAGGCUUUGCUCGUCUUUCUAAAACCACACUUUGCGUUCUGCUGCGGAAGGAAGUGACACGGCUCAGGAAGAAGUCUUCAUACUUCAGCCUACACACCCUGCUUAAAAAAAAGAAAGAAAUAAAAAGAAACGUCAGUAUUUCAGAAUUACGCGGGGGGCACAACGUAUUCACGUAUCAGGCCCCUCGGGUUCCUCAGGCUGGUCUCACAGUAAAAUAGAGGAACUUGAUGGCUCCAGAGGAAAGGUGUGCGCUGCCCGAGAAUCGCUCUUGAUGUCUUUAGCUGCCAUUUCCUGGAGUGGAAGUGGGACUUCGUAGAAUUGCUUCAAAGGUUGCAGUCUGAUCUCAUCUUCAAGAUCCUCAUCCAACUCGAACAUAGGAGCCACCUUGUAUCUCCAAAAUGGCCCAAAACAGCUUUGAGGACAACGCCAGCCUCCUAAGCGCCAGGCUCAAUUCUGUCCACUGUGAGGAAGGGGACUCCAGCUCCAUCGGCUCAGAAUCGGAUUUUGGGUUGGACCGCAACAACCAGCUGCCAUCACAAGAGACAGACAAGUACGGCUUUCUGCUCGGCACAGGAUCAGCUGCAGAUAAUGAAGGCCCAUCUCCAGAAAUCAUCCGGCAAAAAGAAAACAAGUGGUUAGAGAUGAUGAACCAAUGGGAUCGCAUCUUGCAGAGGAAUUAUGGCAAGGUCAAGUCAUACAGCCGGAAAGGAAUCCCAGCAUCCCUCAGGUCACGAUGUUGGCCCAUGCUGUGUGGUGCCAUUGCCAAUAUGGAGAAGAACAGGGGCCAGUACCAGGAGCUGGAUAAGGCACCAGGGGACAAGCACUGGGUGGACAUCAUUGAGCGAGAUAUUGACCGCCAGUUCCCCUUCCACGAAAUGUUUUUAUCACGAGACAGACAUGGGCAGAGGGACCUUUUAAGCGUCCUAAAAGCGUACACGCAGUACAGGCCUGAGGAAGGGUACUGCCAGGGCCAGGGACCUGUGGCAGCUGUGCUCCUGAUGAACAUGCCCGCUGAGCAAGCGUUUUGGUGCCUGGUGCAGAUCAGCGAGAAGUACCUGCCGGGAUAUUAUAGCCCCUUACUUGAAGGUGUUCACCUUGAUGCCCGGGUCCUGACUGGGCUCCUCAAGAGGAAUUGCCCCUGCGCGUACCGUCACCUGAAGAAGCACGGAGUCGAUCCUCUCAUGUAUGCCACCGAGUGGUUCAUGUGCAUUUUCUCACGAACUUUGCCUUUCCCGCUGCUCCUGAGGAUCUGGGAUAUGUUCUUCAGUGAGGGCGUAACAAUUCUUUUUCGAGUGGCGCUGAUUCUGGUCAGGAUGGCAAUCGGGUCAUCUGAGAAGACUAAAAAGUGUGAUGGGCAGCUUGAAACCUUGGAGUGCCUGCGCUCGAUAAGUCAGAAGAACCUACGGGAAGACGCCUUUGUUCAAGCAGUAGGGGACAUGUCCCUUUCUGAGAGGGAGGUAGAGAAGGAGACAGCCAUUCAGCUGGAGAAGUGGAGGAAAGAGCGACCUGACCUGACCUUUCAGCCCAGAUCACGACUGCAUGGGGCCCGGUCUGUGUUUGAGGAGGCAGAGAGGGAAGAGCGGGAGAAGGAGAAAAAGGAGAGGAGGGGAAGUGCCAUUUCACUGGCUUUGUCCAUCUCCUCGGAAAACAAGCAAAGAAGGAAGAAGAGUGUGGACAUACAGGGCACCCCUGAGGUGCAGCCCACAGAGCACAGAGAUCCUAGACAACCAACAAGACCUGCAAAUGAGCCGUGUGCCUCCUCCAGCAUAACUAACAGCAGCAAAGUAUUUAGCCAACCCGAUCACUCAGUGCAUCCUGGUACAGACCACCCAGAGCCCAAAGAUCAACCAAUCACAGAGCAGAAAGAAAAGACACCUCCAGUUGUGCGCUUCCCCACAGUCAUCCCCACGAUUAUUGUGGAGGAUACGAGCUUAGAGGAGGAGGCCAAAGAGAAGAAGACCAAAAAGACCAAGGAGCAAAGGCGACGGGAGAAAGAAGAGGAGAAGGCCAUGGUGAAGGCAAUGAAAGAGCGGGAACGGAUCGAAAGGGAACGGCAGAAGCAACUGGAGAAAGAAGAGAAGAAGAAGAAGAAGAAGAAAGAGGGGGAUACAAUAGGGGUGGGAGAGCCCAGAAAAAAGCCUCAGACCAGGGGAAAGACUUUCCACUUUGUCCGCAAGUCCUCCACUGCCAGCACAGUAUUUGCAGAUCAGCCCCACAAGGACCCUGAAUCGAAGAGGAACUCCGCUCCUUACUUUGACACUUACUUUUAGAGCAGCCGGGGCAGGGAUGGACUCUGGAAAGGGACGACGUCCAGCGAACAACAGAGAGCUUUGCAAAAUGAACACUAGCCAGAAGGCAGACGCGCGACAGUGGGCUACUUAUAUCAGCGGCCGAUAUGAGAAGAUGGGACAGUUUCGAAUCUCCUCGUCCAUGAUGAAGUCUCAGUUGCACAGGUUGGUGGACGGGACUGGUGAAAUGGGAUACUGGGCCUACAUUAGAAUCUGGAGGGAAUAUCUUCCAGUAUGAAAUGCAUCAUUUUUAUUAUGACACGUGAAAUAAACCCUAAUUUUAUAAAUAUCAA